AUGGAUAUCGCUCUUGAGAUUUGGGACACCCUUAUCGGGGACCGUCUCUAUUCGGCGCUCCUCCCUACCUCGCUGUCCUCCACCGUGUCCAUCCCAGGAUUCCCGACGGCGACCAACACGACAUUGUCUCUCUUCGGCGCAUCGAAGCCCUUUGUCUACGAACCUGCUACCCAGCUCAUAUAUCUCGAACCUUCCGAAUAUGCCUACCUCAGCGCCUGGCCUCGUAACAAUAUCUAUCGUCAAUUCCUGAGUUUCUUCCUGAUUGUCUGGAUCUUUGGAUUCAUAGUCUACUUUAUCUCCGCAACACUCUCGUACAUCUUCGUCUGGGACAAGACGACCGUCAAGCACCCAAAGUUCCUCAAGAACCAGAUCCCCAUGGAAAUCGCGCAAACCAUGCGAUCAAUGCCAAUCAUGUCUCUGUUGACUGCCCCCUUCCUGGUUGCAGAGGUCAGAGGAUACGCCAAACUCUACGAUACUUUUAGUGAGGAGCCAUUCCCAUACUACAGUAUCCUACAAUUCCCAUUGUUUAUCGCAUUCACCGACUUCUUCAUCUAUUGGAUUCACCGCGGGCUGCACCACCCUCGAGUCUACAAGACUUUGCACAAGCCUCAUCACAAGUGGAUCAUGCCUAGCCCGUUCGCCUCCCACGCCUUCCACCCAGUCGACGGCUGGUCCCAGAGUGUCCCUUACCACGUGUUCCCUUUCAUCUUCCCCCUGCAGAAGGUGGCCUACGUUAUCCUAUUCGCUUUCAUCAACAUCUGGACUGUAAUGAUUCACGAUGGCGAAUACGUUGCCAACUCCCCAGUCAUCAACGGUGCCGCCUGCCACACAAUGCAUCACCUCUACUUCAAUUACAACUACGGGCAGUUUACUACACUGUGGGACCGCAUGGGUGGCAGCUACCGCAAGCCAAAUGAGGAGCUUUUCCGCCGUGAGACAAAGAUGGGCGAGGAUGAAUGGAAGAGGCAGACCAAGGAGAUGGAGCACAUCCUCAAAGACGUGGAAGGCGACGAUGACCGCAAGUACCUUACGGACGAGACAAUCAAGAAGAAUUCGUGA